GGCGGCGGCGGCGGCAUGGAGGCGCCGGGAGCGGCGGGCGACGCUGCUGCGCUGGCGGGGCCCGACCCGGAGCUGGCGGCCACCAUGGGCUUCUCGGGCUUCGGGAAAAAAGCUCGGACUUUUGACCUGGAAGCCAUGUUCGAACAAACGAGAAGAACUGCUGUGGAAAGGAGCAGGAAGAUCUUGGAGGCUCGUGAAAGAGAGCAGGAAGACCAGGCUGAAAAGGAAUUUAGACGUCUGCAGCCUAAUUCACCAGCUUCAGCCUCAAGUGCAAUAGGAGCUGAGUCCACAUUAACUCCAAGAGAUGCAGCCUGUAGUGAAAGUGAAGAUAGCUCAGAUGAAGAGUUAACUGGUCCUUCUGUGCAAUCCCAGACUUCAGCUCAAAAUCAAAAUGAGGAUUCUGAUGAUGAUGAUGAUGAAUUCAUUGGGCCACCACUUCCACCUGGGUUCAAGGACAGUGAUGACGAUCAUGAUGAUGACGAUUUACAGGAGGAAGAUAAUAACCCUAUCAAGAAAAUUCCAGAUUCUCAUGAAAUUACACUCCAACAUGGGACAAAAACAGUUUCUGCUUUGGCUUUGGAUCCUUCAGGUGCCCGUUUGGUAACUGGUGGCUAUGACUAUGAUGUUAAAUUUUGGGAUUUUGCUGGAAUGGAUGCCUCUCUCCAAGCUUUUCGGUCACUCCAGCCAUGUGAAUGUCACCAAAUCAAGUCCUUACAGUAUAGCAGCACAGGAGAUGUUAUUCUUGUUGUCUCUGGUAACUCGCAGGCAAAAGUUCUUGACAGAGAUGGUUUCCCUGUAAUGGAGUGCAUAAAAGGAGACCAGUACAUUGUGGAUAUGACGAACACUAAGGGUCAUACAGCAAUGCUCAAUUCAGGCUGUUGGCAUCCUAAAAUAAAGGAGGAAUUUUUGACAUGUUCCAAUGACGGAACUGUGAGGACAUGGGAUGUUAACAAUGAAAAAAAGCACAAAGGCGUAUUUAAACCACGAUCGGCUCAAGGUAAACGGGUGAUUCCUACAACUUGCACAUACAGCAGAGAUGGUAAACUUAUUGCAGCUGGCUGUCAGGAUGGCUCCAUCCAGAUCUGGGAUAGGAAUAUGAGUGUACAUACCAAGUUCCACUGCAGGCAAGCCCAUGCCCCUGGCACUGACACUUCCUGCCUGACUUUUUCCUAUGAUGGUACUGCCCUUGCCAGCCGGGGAGGAGAUGAUACUUUAAAGAUAUGGGAUAUUAGACAAUUUAAAAAGCCUCUUAAUUCAGCUGAAAGGCUGUCCAGCUUCUUUCCAAUGACAGAUUGCUGUUUCAGCCCUGAUGACAAAAUUCUUGUCACAGGCACUUCUGUUAAGAAAGGUGGUGGCAGUGGGAAGCUGUGUUUCUUUGAUCGGGAGACAUUCCAGAAAUUGUAUGAGAUAGACGUUACAAAUGCAAAGGGUGACAGAACUGUGAGACAUUGCCUUCAAAUAUCAAGUUCUUCAGAGCAUUCUAGGGAAGAAAGAACCAAGAGUGAAGAUCAAUUACUCCUCAUUUCUGCAGUCAGCAAAAGAAAGAGUGUUGUGCGUUGCCUUUGGCAUCCCAAGCUGAACCAGAUCAUGGUUGGCACAGCAAAUGGACUGGCAAAAGUGUACUAUGAUCCUAUCAAAAGCCAGAGGGGAGCAAAAUUGUGCGUGGUCAAAACAAAACGAAAAGAGAGACAAGCAGAGACUCUUACACAAGAUUACAUUAUAACACCCCAUGCGCUUCCGAUGUUCCGUGAACCACGACAGCGAAGCACCAGGAAACAACUAGAAAAGGAUAGACUGGAUCCCCUGAAAUCUCACAAACCUGAACCUCCAGUGGCAGGACCAGGUCGUGGUGGUCGUGUUGGAACUCAUGGAGGUACCUUGUCAUCAUACAUAGUCAAGAACAUUGCACUGGAUAAGACAGAUGAUAGCAACCCUCGCGAGGCUAUUUUACGUCAUGCAAAGGAAGCGGAGGAGAAUCCAUACUGGGUUGCUCCAGCAUAUGCUAAAACACAGCCAAAAACAGUUUUUGCAGAAGUGGAACAGGAAGAUGAUGAAACAGACAAACCAGAGUGGAAAAAACGUAAAAUUUGAAGAAAUUGAUUUAAAAAACAAUUCAAGAGCAUUUGAAACAAAGUGCAGCAUGUAUUUCUUUACUUUGAGGAGCAGGUCAGAAUCUUUGAAAGCAUAAAUUAUUUUGAUGUGUAAAACUGCCUACAGUUUAAAAAGGAUCGUUGGAUUACCGUGGAUGGUAAUUCUAUAUCUGAAUUUUGUAAUAAGGAAUGAAAUUUACUGUGAAAAGGAAAACUCCUCCCUGUGUCAGUUACUUAGCUUUGUGGUUUAAAUGAAAAAUAUUUGUGCUUAUAAUUUGUAAUAGAAUUCGGGACAUUGCUGAAUGUUCUUUUUUUUUUAUUACUGCCAACUUUACCAAAGCUGUGUCAUGACAAUGUUAAAGGAUUUUAAGUACCAGAAUAAAAUAAUACAGAUUCUCAAA